CGCCACGCGACGCGCGCCUCGCCUUAACCCCCCCGCGCGCCCUCCGCGACCGCGCCCGCGACGUUCACAGACCGCGGCGUCGCGUCGGACUCCGCGGCGGGACCGAUACUCUCCUCGGGACGCGCCCUCCCGUUCGUCCCCCGGAGCCGGACGUCGUCGGAUCGAUCGACUCGCAUUAGAACGACCCUUAGUCGUUCGAUCCCGCCGUCCUCGGAUCCUCGGCCCUCCUCCUCCCUCCCGCGCGAUGGUGCGACGAUUCGACGACCCCGCGGACGAGCACGACUUCUACGAGAACCUGUUCCUCUCCGAGAAGAUCGUGGACGGGCACGUGAAGCUCUCGCUGCCGACGCUCAGCGCGGACGACAACGCGAGCGACGAGGAGGACAAGUGGGCGGCGUGGGAACGCGCGAAUCACGAGCGGCACGAGCGCGUCCGCGGCGGCGGCGGCAAAAACUCACGUUCGUCGACGCGACAGAAGAAAGACGACGAGCGCCGCGCACACGAUCGGCGGCCCGCGAGCCCGGCGCGCAGAGGCCGUGCGCUGAGAGACCCGACGUACGCGAAGCUCCUGGAUCGUAGAGACGAAAACGCCGCGCGCAUGGAAGCGGCGAAGCGACGGAUGGGCGGAUCCGGGAGGCACGCGUUCGGGGAGGCGGAGAGGCGGCUGUCUCCGUCGCCCGCGAAGAGCAGAAGCGGCGGGAGAAGAAAUCGCACGAAGUCGCCGCUCUCGUCCACCUCCGGGGGAUCGCGGCUGACGUUUCGCGGCGCCGGCGAGGAUUCCGAGGAUUACGAUUCCGACUCCGACUCCGACUCCGACGGCGGCGGCGGCGGCGGGGGGAUCGUGCGCUCCGCGCUCGGGAAACAGCUCCUCGAGACGCGUCGAUGGAGCGCGCAGAGGGCGCGGUCGGCGAGCCCCGGCGUCGCGCAAAGAGGGGGCCCGCGCGGGCGCGCGUCGUCCGUCCCGCCGCCGAGACGGCCGGGGUCGGCGCGACCGGGGUCGGCGUUGGCUUUCGCAUCCGCCGCGUCGCCGCCGCCCGCGCCCGCGCCCGUCGACGACGACCCGGUGUGCUUCGGGAGGCACCACACGUUCGAGGGCGAGGCCGCGCGCGCGCGACGCGAGGCUGAGGAGGCGGCGGCGGCGGCGAAGAAGAAGAUGGGAAAGAAGGCGCCCCCCUCGCGUCCCGGGUCGCCGUUUAAGAACCGCCCGAGAGUCACGACGGAGUUCCACCCGCCGUGCCUGCACACCGCGACGCGCACCUUGGAACGCGAGACGAACAAAAAGGCGAUGGAGCUCGCGUGGCGGCGGCAAGAACUCACCGAGGAAGUCGUGCACACGACCGUCGGGCGCCUCGCGGGGGGAGAGCCCGGUCUGACGAGGCACUGGGACGAUCCGCCGAGAGCCGCGGCGGAGCAGGCGGCGAUGGCGGCGAAAAUCGCUGCCGAGCGCGACGGCGGCGCGUGGAGCCAAGCCGCCGCGCGCGCGGCGGCGCGGCGCGCC